AUGGCGUUUGCAGUUGGUUGGGGCUGCUUCGGGAUGGGUUUCGGGUGGAAGGCGCGCGGAGGACCCGGAGCCGGGGCGGUGCCGGCGGACAGACGAUUUUUUAAUUUAUUUAAAUGGUUACCAUUAAAAAAAUCAUCUAACGGUAACACGACAUUUUAUGCAUGUUGCCACCCGCUGCACUUGCACGGCUUCAACUUCUUUGUCGUCGGCCAGGGGUCCGGGAACUACGACCCGGCUCGCGACCCGGCCAGGUUCAACCUCGUCGACCGUGUCGAACGCAACACCGUCGGCGUCCCCGCCGGCGGCUGGGUCGCUAUCCGUUUUCGUGCAUACAACCCAGGUGUAUGGUUCAUGCAUUGCCACUUGGAGGUGCACAUGAGCUGGGGACUGAAGAUGGCGUGGCUGGUGCUGGACGGCAGCCGUCCGGAGCAGAAGCUCCCGCCGCCGCCGGCAGAUCUCCCGAAAUGCUAG